UUUCUCCUUUCUUAUUCUGCAUGCACACGCCUCCCUUUCUCUUCCUCUGUUCUUCAUUCGCCUCUUCAAGCUUUUCCGGCCAACCUAGAUUCACAUUACUUCUCUUUUCCCCUUCCUCUUCCGAUCUGAUUCUUCCUUGUCGUUCACUUCCUGAAUGUGAAUCUGCGAGGUCGGCGCGUCCGGCGGCGCCUGAUUUUUCGACAAAUUACCGGUGAGUAUGCUGCUUCUUGUGAACUUACAGUGCUGCUGAUGCCAGCUUAAGGGUUUUCAACUGUUUUGUUUUUUUGACUGGAUGCAAUGGAAGCUGAAGAAUUGAGUUUGAAAAUGGUGUCAAGAACUUGCAUGAAUGCGGCUUGUGCCACCUCGAAGUCGGUUCAGUGGCGGAAAGGAUGGCCCUUGAGAUCCGGCGAAUUCGCCGAUCUCUGUGAUAAGUGCGGCUCUGCUUAUGAGCAAUCAACAUUUUGCUAUGUGUUCCACUCAAAGGAUUCUGGUUGGAGGGAGUGCGCAUCGUGUGGCAAGCGUCUUCAUUGUGGAUGCAUUGCUUCUCGAAAUUUGCUUGAGCUGCUAGACACUGGUGGUGUAAGCUGCGUAAGUUGUGCGAGAGAUUCAGGACAACCUAGUUCAACUAUGGAAAAGCCUGAUGGAUCUGGUACAUCAAAAGUUGAAAUUGGAAGUGAACUACAAUGCUCAUUGGUUUCUAACCAAUUAAAAGGAAGCAAUGUUGAGAAAGUGAGAGGGGUGCGGGUAGGGGAUUAUGCAGAGAAUGAUGGGCUUAGGAGUUGGCUCCAACAUCAUAAUGGUGCCACAAAUGGGCCUCCUAUGCGAUUAAAACAAGAAGUUAUGCCUUUUAUUGGGGAACUUGGAAGCACUUCAAUAUCACAAUUCCAUCCAGAGCCAAAUGGAUCAUCCAAGGCUGUCAAAGUUGACAAUUGCAAGACAGAUGUAGAAAUAAGAGAUAUGUAUGAAUCAUUGGCUCAAACAAAUUUGAGUAUGACUCUUGGUGCUCCUUUAGGUAAUUCAAACUCCUUUCGUAAUGAUGCUUUUGAGGAAAGGGAGCAGAGUAAGACAUCAUCUUCAACAUUGCCGGGGUCCAGAUCUCGCCAUCUCUUACCCAAGCCCCCUAGGGCAACGCUCCCCAUAGGCUUGGAGGCAAAUGCAGGGAUAGUAUCUCAAAUUCGUGUUGCCAGGCCACCUGCUGAAGGACGUGGAAGGAAUCAGCUACUUCCCCGUUAUUGGCCUAGGAUCACUGAUCAGGAGUUGCAGCAAAUCUCUGGAGAUUCAAAUUCAAUCAUUGUCCCACUAUUUGAAAAGAUGCUUAGUGCAAGUGAUGCUGGUCGAAUUGGUCGCCUGGUUCUUCCAAAGGCUUGUGCUGAAACAUAUUUUCCUCCUAUCUCUCAGCCAGAGGGCCUUCCCUUACGAAUCCAAGAUGUGAAAGGAAAAGAAUGGGUAUUCCAGUUUAGAUUCUGGCCAAACAAUAACAGCAGAAUGUAUGUUCUAGAGGGGGUAACGCCCUGCAUUCAGUCUAUGCAGUUGCAAGCUGGGGAUACUGUGACAUUUAGUCGUAUGGACCCUGAGGGAAAACUUAUAAUGGGGUUUCGGAAGGCUACAAAUUCUUCUGCAGUACAGGAAUCUCAUCCAUCUAAUAUUCCCAAUGGCAAUCGUUCAAGUGAAACUUCCUAUCCCGGUGUUUAUGAGAAUUUGCCUGUAUUAAGUGGCUACUCUGGCCUUCUUCAAUCCUUAAAAGGAAGUUCAGAAACCCAACUAAAUGCAUUGACUAAAAAGUGGAAUUCAGCUUGUGGGGAGAUGAAUUGGCAUAAUAUUGAGAUGCCUGAAGGCAGGAAAAGAGAAGGAUUGCUUCUGCCACCAGCAUUGGUUCCGGAGAAGAAAAAGACUCGUAAUAUUGGGCCAAAAAGUAAGAGAUUGCUUAUUGACAGCCAGGAUGCACUGGAGCUCAAACUAACCUGGGAGGAGGCUCAGGAUUUGCUCCGUCCACCACCAGCAGUUAAGCCAAGCAUAGUCAUGAUUGAAGACCAUGUAUUUGAAGAAUAUGAAGAACCUCCUAUCUUUGGGAAGAGAAGUAUAUUUGUGGCCCGUUCAACAGGGAUGCAUGAACAAUGGACUCAAUGCGAUAGUUGCUCAAAAUGGCGAAAGUUGCCUGUGGAUGUACUUGUUCCCCCUAAGUGGACAUGCGGGGACAAUUCAUGGGAUCAGAGCAGGUGUUCAUGUUCUGCCCCCAGUGAACUCACCCCAAGGGAACUGGAUAAUCUUCUGAGAUUAAAUAAGGAAUUCAAGAAACAAAAAAUGGCGGCUAGCCACAGGCUGUCCCUGGAGCAGCAUGAAUCUUCUGGACUGGAUGCUUUGGCCAAUGCUGCAAUACUUGGAGACGAUGCAGGUGAUUCUAGCAAGACGCAAGUUGCUACCACUACAAAACACCCUCGGCAUAGACCUGGCUGCUCCUGCAUUGUCUGCAUCCAGCCACCCAGUGGAAAGGGAAAACACAAACCUACGUGCACUUGCAAUGUAUGCAUGACAGUUAAACGUCGGUUUAAGACCCUGAUGAUGCGAAAGAAGAAACGUCAGUCUGAACGUGAAGCAGAGAUUGCUCAGAGAAACCAGCAAUCAGGUGGGCCGAGGGAUGAAUCAGAAGUGGAAAGCACCUCUAGAAAUUUAACUCCAGCUGAUGGUUCUGAGACUGAAGCGAGGCCACCAAAUGAGUUGGACUCAAGAAGUCAAACCGAUGUGGCUGAAACUAGCAAGGCACAGUUAGACUUGAAUUGCGAUCCCGAUCGAAAUGACAUGCAAGCUGGCUCAAACAGUGUCAGCAUGAUGAGUCUACUUCAAGAAGCAAAUCUCCCUUUGGAGACAUAUCUGAAGCAAAAUGGUCUUGCUAGUUUGGCAUCAGAGCAACAAGCAAAUUCAGCUUCCAAUGUGCAGGCGCAGACCACUAACGAAAGUGAGGGAAGACCCAACGAGGAUUGUUGUGCUGCUUCUGAUGUUAAGGAGCAAGAAAGUAGUCAUGAACAGAACAGUGGUGAAGACAAAAGCGAAAAUAAUCCCCCUUCAUGAAGUCCUUACCUUACGUUGAUUUUCGCUUCAUUUGGAUGUUUAUAUGUCCCUUUUUUUUUUUUUGCGCUUUGCCACAUAAUUUGUAUCUUGCGGGUGUGUGAGCCAAUAAUUAUACAUGUUGAAUCUUGUGUUUUAGGCUGUAAACUGCAGUCUAUAGAAGCAAGAGCUUGAAAGGAAUCAUUUACAGGUUAUUUGUCAUUUGCCAUUAA